AUGCGUAUCCUCAGAACAACACCGAGGACACAUCUUCAACAACCUCUUGGAAAUCUUCAACACAAAGUAGUCCAAAUUCAUCAACGAAGAUCAACUCCAGUAUAUCCAAAAUGUUCCUUGCACGAAAGUAGGGCCUGCGAAAUCCAAUGCAGUGAUCAUCCCCUCUGUUCCCAAUGCGUAUCCUCAGAACAACACCGAGGACACAUCUUCAACAACCUCUUGGAAAUCUUCAACUCCAAGAAACAAGAAAUACUGAAUGAUUUUGAAGAAUUGAUAAAAACAAUAUCUCCAGCCUACGAUGCUAGUACAAUGGAGAUAGAGAAUGAAAUAAACAGCAUAGCUGUGGAGUAUGAGAAAUUAUCAACAUCUGUCACAAAGCAUGGAAAUGAAUGGCACAAUGAAGUUGACAGAGUUGUCAGCAAAUUGAAAAAGGAAGUCAAGGAGAUGAAAAGGAAACAUCUUGAAUUACUAAAAGAACUCCUGACUAUAACAAAGAACCUUCAGUCUUUGGCUCAACAGGGUUCACUGCUGAAGACCAUUAGCACAGAGUCAGGAAGUCCACCAAAUGACAUAACAGUGCCAUGUGAUGGGGACCUAAUUUACUCUGACUGGAAAACAAAAACUGUGAACAAAGUGAAGAAUGGACAGACAGAGGAGGUGAUCAGACUACAGGGCUGGACACCUAACAAUUUCUGUGUCACCUUCUCUGGAAAUAACUCAAUUAAAUACAUUUGUGAGAACAGGAACCUCAAUAUCUGUGUGGCUGACUGUGGCGCUCAGGCUGUGGUGGUGGUCAAUCUGAACGGCAAACUCAGAUUUAAAUACACCGGUCAUCUCUCUACUACUGAGGCACGCCCAUUCAACCCUAGUGGGAUAGCCACAGACAGUCAGAGUCAUAUCCUGACCUCAGACUCUAACAACCAUUGUAUCCACAUCCUUGACCGGAAUGCACAGUUCCUUUGUUACAUUGAUAACUGUAAUCUAAAUCAGCCAUGGGGUUUAUGUGUAGACAACAAUGAUAAUGUCAUUGUAGCUGAAUGCAGCAGUGGAAAAGUGAAGGCAAUCAGAUACUUAUUUUAA